ACGUUCAGUUGAUCUGAUAGUGUUGUGUCCUGUCUCGUUGUGAAUCGCGAGUGCUCGUGUUUAUUUUUCUUCUCUCGUAAGAUCUUUCCUUUCUCUCCGCUCAUCCUCGUGCUGUCUCUCUUCCUUUACUCAUCACCCUGGUUACUCACCGCCUAUAUCAACACACCAACUUGCCCUUUCCAUUUUUAAUGUAAAGUCCCACCACCCUGUGUAACAAGCGAAGGAAGGAUGCAACUGCGUCAGACGAGAAGUGAAAACUUCGUUGUACGAAAAGAAGUGACAAGCCUUCGAAAGCCUAAAAAGAGUGUGACUUCGAUCACUCCGCACCCUUCAAGGCCGUCCUCUAAAACGUCGAAAUUGAUACAAUCGAUUAGAUAAGAGCAGACGCGAGUAACGCGAACGGCUAACGAAAUAGAAGAAUUUCAGCCGUGGAGCGUUGUUGCAAAACUGUUCGGAGCGGUCAACUUUUUGAACGAAGGCUGCUAUUCUUGCUACUAUUACUCGAUAUCCUCGCUACUAUUCACGACGACAGUCCCAUAGGCUGGUACGAAGAUCGUCGAUCGAUUUUAAUAAUGACAACGGGAAUUCUGGAUUUCUCUACUUAUUGGAGUAUUAUACACAUAAUGGGCUAAUAGAAAGUGAAAGUUGAUGAAGACUGUGGGAUAAAGAGAAACUGCUACUGAGUUUUUCCAUUUGGAAUUAAGGCUAAAAUUACUAUACGCUUGUGCGAAUCCUCACAUCCAGUGAUCGAAAGGAUACGAGAAACAUCAAAAUGGCAUCACAAGAUAUCAUCUUUAUAAAGAAGGAAGAUCUGAUCAACGCUGUAACAUCAAUUAUUUAUUCAAACUCCACGCCGCUUAUUAAUGAUGUUCAGCCAGCUACCACAUUUCUUUCUUUCUUCAUAAAUUUUCCCGGCGAAUUUUCUCCAUACAAUGCAAUAGAGGCAUUUUUUUUGACUGCGCUGCUCCUCUUCAUCACUUUCCUGACGGUAGCAGGUAAUGCUACCAUCUUUUUCAUCAUCAUAUACUUCAAAAGAUUUCGACGCUCCAACUACUUGGUGAUCAGCUUAGCGGUGAGCGACUUGCUGGUCGGUUUAAUAGUAAUGCCACCAGCCAUAAUCUAUCAAGUAUCAGGUGAUUGGUACUUCGGUUCUAUCUCGUGUCACAUUUGGCUCAGCGCCGACGUGCUCAACUGUACCGCCAGUAUCUUCAAUCUCUGUAUGGUUUCCAUAGACAGAUUCUGGCUGAUUAUGAAACCGCUAAAAUAUGAAACGAAGAGGACGAAGUUACGGAUGUCGCUAUACAUCAUCAUCAUUUGGUCAUUAGCCAUGUGUAUUAGUCUGCCGCCACUUUUAACCAUGGGAAAUGAAUAUGAAGAAGUACAAAAUGGGCCCACUCUUUGCGCACUUUAUCAGCAUUUUGUCUACCAAAUCUACGCGAUUGUAGGAAGCUUCUAUAUUCCACUACUCGUCAUUAUUCCGAUAAACUACAAACUAUUCAAUGCCGCGCGUGAUAAAUCUGCCAUGAAUUAUCAAGUGGGUCGAUUUGACAUGGAAUUGGAGCCUGAUGUUAAUUCAUCUUUCGAUCGUCAUAGGAUUAUGUGUUCAACGAGCUGUCCACGACAUUCCUACAAGAAGUGUGUAAGGCUGACCAGUCUGCCAAACACACAUAUAAAAAAUACCGUCGCAUCUACAAGCGAAGGUAAUCCAAGGCGUCACUUCAGCAGCGAGCGCCGAGAGAGUCUUAUGCAGAACAUGUUACAAAAAUCGAUAAGAAUACUGAGGACUGGUAAUAGUCGAGCCUGCAUUUGUAAUAAACGUCAGCUAAGGAGAAGAAAAAGUGAACGAAAGGCGAGCACUACUUUGGGCAUCAUCGUUGGAGCCUUCAUUAUUUGCUGGUUACCAUUCUUUAUGUUAGCACUAAUUAGACCAUUCUACAAACCUGAUGCUAUCCCGCAUUCAGUAUCAUCCCUAUUCCUUUGGCUUGGUUAUUGUAAUAGUGCGUUGAAUCCAAUCAUCUACGCGAUUUUCAAUAAGGAGAUUCGCAAACCAUUUAUUUUAAUAAUGUGUUUACGCUGGCGCAACAUCAAUGAGUUAAUGCGUGAGGAAUAUUAUCAACGACAGUUCGGUGAACGAAGAACAAGGAAUGAUAUUAACGGUGGCAAUGAUGGUACGGAGAAUACCGAGCGGGCGGAUCUCGAUGAUAAUAAUCAAAACAUCGGCCAUAAUAAUCAUGAUGUCGACAAUAACAAUCAGAACGUUAAUAACAACCAGAACAUUGACAAUAAUAAUCAGGAUGUCGAUCAUAACAAUCCAGAUAUCAGCAAUAAUAAUCAAGAAAUCGAUGGUAACAAUCAAGACAUCAACGAUAAUAACCAGGACAUUGGUAAUAACAAACAAGAUAUCGAUAAUAAAAAACAAGAACCUGAUGAUAGCAAGGUUAUAGUCAAUAAAAAUCAGAUUAUCAUUGACAUUGUCAAGGAGUCGGAGAUAUCCCGCUUCUGAUCCAAGGCGUGUUCCUCUAAUAACGAGGAUUGUGGUAUUCAACGAAGAUCAUCGUCGUACUGCAUGGACAUCUUUCAAGUUGUCGCUGAAGUUCAUGCACCUUGUAUAACAGAAACUCUUGUGUGAUCGAUCAAGAUGGAUACCAGACAUGUUCCAGGAAGAUUCAGUGGUGUUCCAUACAAUAUUUAUACAUUAGCUAAUUAAUAAUUCUCUGUUUCUGCUGUUAUU